CACUCGACUCAAAGGAUCGAAGGAGUUUCAGGUGGGCAAUCGUGUUCUGCUUAACAACUCCCGUCUGUGACUCUUUCCGGGAAAGCUGCUCUCCCGAUGGUCUGAACCGUUUACGAUCACCCAGGUGUUUCCCUACGACACUGUCGAAAUCAUCAAUCACAAACUGAUCCCUUCAAGGUGAACGAGCAUCGCCUCAAGCUUUACUUGGGAGGCGAUGUUGCACGCGCAGAGUUGGUGAUUGAUCUUGCGGACCCUUAGCUCCGCCAUGGGCGUCCAGCUAAAAGAUGGUAAAGAAGUGCUUGUAACCCCACCUCGGUUCGCAUUUUCUUCCGUUUCUCUUUUUUUGUGAUUUUUGUGUGUCAUGUGUCGAACAUGGAAUGUCGUGGUCAAUUUCGUGUCAUGUGGAGUCUAUGUUGGUCAAAAUUCAGUUUCGGGGGCCUGUGGGAUGUUUUUUGGGUGUUUUGUGUUGUUUCUGGCGUGUUUGGGCGGAGAAAUGCAGCUAGAUUUUUCAAUUUAUGGGCACAGGUCUCAAGUUAUGGCCAUGUUACGGGCAAAAGCUCGAAGUUACGACCUCCCACAUCAGAAGAUCGGAAAGCUUCGCGUUGCCGAUUGCUCAAAGGCAUUUUUUCGGCCACUCUCGACCUCUGAUCGAGGUGCCGUUUGCAGCAUUGGGUUCCUCUCGGUGAGUCACACCGUCUGACAUCCCCUUUUCCAGUCACCCCACUUUCCACCUUGCCGGAAAUCGUCUCGAGCGACCCUCCGGCAGCUGUCCUGGGUCCAAAGCUUGUAAGGAAUUCUCCCGCCUUUUCCCUUUCCUCUACCUUUCUUCUUAUGUCUCUAGGUUGGUCUUUUUGCCUCUAACUCUAUUUUCGGAGAAUCGGAUUGCAGAGUGUAGGGUAGUUUCAACCAAUUCUACAUAUUUAGAUUUUUAGUCGAGAGAAUGUAGUCCUCUAUGCAUGUGUGGUGUGCUGGGAAAUGUUAGAACUUGAAUUUUAGCCAGUUCUGCAGUUUUUCUACUACAGUUUAGUGGGUUGUGCUUAAGUGUGGGGGAAUUGCUUGACCAGUGGAUCCAAUUCCCUAGAUUAUUUUGGUUGCUAACGGGUCUCGAGAUUGUGGUUGUCUGUUUUGAAGGAAAAUGGUCCACCUGGAUCACGACUUCCUCCAGGGGCUCCAGUACACCAAGGCCUACAUCACCCGCAUGGCCCUUUACUUUGGCGUGCCACUAGACCAGUUCACAUUGGUUGGGCACACCACCGACUUCCCUGAUGCGACCCUCUGCUCGAUGGGGAUGAUUUGGGUCGCAAGGUCAGAUCCUCGGAUCCGUUGGCUGAAGGGCCUUCGCCAGACAGAGAUCGAUGCGGCGGCAUCAGUUGGGGCCCCAUCGCAUGUUCAGGAGCCUCCGCUGCAGUUCAUCCUUGGUGGCCAGGGUGCUGGGUCCUCUUCUGCUCCACCUAUCGGUGGUUGCUGGCCCGCCAUGGAGGCUCGCUUCGACCGGAUCGAGGCAUUCCUGGACCGUGAGCGUGAGGCCCGCCUCUACACACACUUCCUGCUGGAGCGUCUGUGUUUGUUUCCUGAUGUGGACGCGACCCGAGGAUGAUGUGGCGGAGGCAGAUGAUGAGAAGGAUUUAGCCAUCCUUGAUCCUGGCUCCAUCUUUCCUAUGUUUUGUGUUCUUUUUUGUUUUUGUGAUUUGAGUCGAACUGGAUCAUGUUGUGUUUUGUUUUUGUUUUAUUGUGUCCCAUGGGGCUGACACUGAUGUUCCUAACUCUUACCCAGUGUGAGUGUUUGUGUUUUGUCUUUCAGUUGUUCUCAGAAUAUGGUCAUUUCUAGUACGCUUCGAACGACUAGUAUCAUUUCCAGUCCCACUACAUCCCGUUCUUACCGGUAACAUCGUUCCUCUUAUCCUUCCCUCUUCUCCAUUGAGGGCAAUGUCGCAUUCAAGUGUGUGUGUGUGUGUGGGGGGGGGGGGGGGGGGGGGGUGGGGGGUUUAUCUUUGGCUGCAUAGAUAUGUUUGUGUACUUGGAGCAUAACGUUCUCACUUCUCUCCAUGGAGUAAUUUUCCUUUUCAUCUGUGUAUGAAGAACUCUAGUUGUGUAUGUUAGGAAUGAUUGUAUGAAACCCAUGUUAUGAAUGAUUGAUUGGGUAAAUUCAAUUGUGGCAUUUUUCAGAAUUGCAUGGGCCCUGAUCAAACCUGUGAAAUUCCGGCUUUAACCUAGAACGAUAGUCUCUGCAUAGGUUAAAAGACCAAGCUUUAAUUGGAAGUGGCGAAUUGACUGUUAUAGUCAAGAAGUUGAUUCACUGCUCCGUUUUGGAACAAAGGCCAGUAGUGGAAGUUUCGCGUGUUUAACCUUGGUUAGUGUAUACUGGUGGAGGUUAGUCGCCCGUCAGGUAUUCAAACCAAGAGGGUCUGGAUAACUUUAGUCAAUAGUUCAGACAAGUAAAGAACUUUCCGUGGUUUAUUUAUCAAUCUAAGUAAUUUUGGACCGUAUAACCUGAACUAGCUGCACACAAGGGGGAACCAUACCCGGAUAACCUUUUGAACCUAAAAAGAACCAGACCAUUACUUGCUUUUUGUUUCUUUUGCACUGAAAUCUCUACACUCUCUUAGUCCUGCUAGAUAAUAGGAAUUCACUGAGUAGGUAGUAUAUCUAGAGCCCGGGUCGAUAAUUAGACUUAACCAGUAUUCUGAAUUUUCACUCUGCGAUUAUACUUGGUCGCAUUUUGGUGUUGUGUUUUAGAGUGUCAGCAAGCGCCCAAAAAAUACUAUCACUUAUGCUAAUAAGCAUAAAAACAAUACAUCUUCAUAAAAUUUAACAAUAAGCCUGACGUGCGCCUCGUUUACGUCAUCAUCAGAAAAAUUUAACAAUUAGCGCUGAGGUGUGCUUCGUUUACGUCAUCAUCAGAAAAUUCAAAAUUUAGAGCUGAAGUGCGCUUCGUUUACGUCAUCAUCAGAAAAAUUUAACAAUUAGCGCAAACGUGCACUUCAUUUACGUCAUCAUCAGAAAAAUUCAACAAUUAGCGUUCACGUCCAGUACAUCCGUGAUCUCGUUGGUGCUGGUAUUAUUCAGCUGUGGUAUAUUUUGACUAAAGAGCAGGUUUUCGUUCUUCUUACAAAGACGUUCACCACUAGUCACCAUUGGUUUCUAUCGAACAAAUUGAUGCUUCGGGACCAACAUCAAUUCGAGGUAGGGUGUUAAGGCCCAUUAGUCUAUGUACGUAUAUAUAUUUGUAAGACCAUGCAUUAAGGCCGACGUAUGAGGGUUAGGUUACUCAGAUGUUUAUUCCUUUUCCAUUGUAUGCCGAGAUAUAUAUGUACAUGUAAGAUGGAGCGGCACUCAAGUUAAUACGAUCAAUAACCGGAGAGUCUUGUAGCUCUCCUCACCCGUGGACAAGUCCUGAUCACUCAGGGAUACCACGUAAAUCUGUUAUUCCGUUCUUUGAUUUCGUUCAAUAUGUCUAACACUUAAAACCCACUUUAAAGUAAGAUACCACAUUAUAUACAUACUAUACCGUGUCAAAGGUCGCAUAGCUAAACUGGUAAAACUCUUGAGGGACUCUCGACCGGAAAGUGUGAGGUCCCGUGUUUGAGUCCGCCAUCGCUUAAACGUUGUAUGCGUGAGAUGUUCCUGGGUUAUAAAAAAAUAUACAUACUAUACAGUAUACACGCAUAUACUACUCUUAUCCACCCAUGUGAUACAGACAUAUAUAUAUAUAUAUAUGGUGGCUUCUAUGGUACCCCGGGUGAAAUCCGGGGUGCCGCAUACCUCGAGUAUGGAAACUCUAUCUAGACCUCGAAUUACCAGAAUUUUUGUGUCUGAUAUUAUACCCUAACCCUUAAUGAGUGAACCCUAGGUCAUAAUUAUCUAAAUCAUAAUCUAUAAACCCUAAGAUGGUGCAUUCCUUUUUGUGCCUAUAUUUGGAUGAAUCAUAACUGUCGAUUAUUAUUUCUAAUUAAAUUGAUCUUGGAGUAUAAGAUUGGGAGAGUUAACACCUAGAUUUUGAUCUUUAAGUGUUAGAGUAUAGUAUCAUGUCCGAAAGAUCGGUCAAUUCAAGGUCUAGAUAGUGUUUUCAUACUCAAGGUAUGCGGUACCCCGGAUUUCACCCAGGGUACCAUAGAACUCGCCAUAUAUAUAUAUAUAUAUACACUACUCCAUUGUACCAGUUGCACGUAAAAUAUAUGUUCAUUGAUUUUUAUCAAAAGGAUAAGGACAUUGGUCAUUUAUCGUACUUGUUGUACGCCAACAUUUAACAUACUCAUUGUACGUUGAAAUUACAUUGAUUUAUAUCAAGCAUCACAUGUGACGAUCAUAUCCUAAAGAUUUUUAUGACAAAGUAUUUAUGGGCUUACACAUAGUGGGAUCCAGAGAUUUGAUUGUAUGCCCAUUUGAUAUGAUGAUUUUUGGAAUAUUGCUUAUAAGAUGAUCCAAUGAAGUUGUUAGUAGGUUAUGGACUAGUCGCAAUAUUCCGAUGUAUAGAGUAUUUAUCCCAAACUUUUAUCGCGAGUAAACGAUGAUGUGUAUACUUUAUUGGUAAUUUACUAUUAGUCUCCAUUCUUUAUAUAUUUGGGAAAGAAUGCUAAAACUUUGCAAGUUUUAUCUUUUGGUCCCUCGACUUUUAUAUGCAUAUUCAUAUAUGAUUUAAAAGGUUAUUAAUGUUGGUAUCUAAGUUUUAAAUUUAUUUUCACUUGUAAGUAAGAAGCAUUUUCCUAGUCAAAGACUUUCUCGGUUGGAAAGAUAAAUGUGCUCAACAUACAAUUAUAGUAUUUUGUUCGACACACAAAUAAGUAUUUAAAACUUGG